AUUACAUGUCUGUGACAUCACGAUUAUCGUUGUGGGGAAGUUUUUUUUUUGUGAGCAGGCAACCGCAAGAAAUGGAUGUGUUUUUAAUGAUCCGACGUCACAAGACGACUAUCUUUACGGAUGCGAAAGAGUCUACUACAGUCUACGAACUAAAGCGCAUUGUUGAAGGCAUUUUAAAGCGGCCGCCUGAAGAUCAAAGGCUCUACAAGGAUGAUGUGCUGCUUAAUGACAGUCAGACUCUGGGGAAUUGUGGCUUCACAAAUCAAACAGCCAGACCUCAGGCUCCAGCCACAGUGGGAUUAGCUUUUCGUAUCGGCGAUGAUUCAUUUGAGCCACUGAGGGUUGAGUCCUUCUCCACUCCCCCAGAACUUCCUGAUGUCAUGAAGCCUCAGGAUUCUGGAAGCACAGCCAACGAACAGGCAGUACAGUGAAGGACUGAGCCAUAAAACAAGAAGUCAGCUGAAAGGGUUCGAAGGGAGGGCAUAGGGGAAGAGGGCAGGGUGAAAAUUUGAGAAUUGAUGCCUCAGUGACAUUUUCCUAUGCUGACAACUAUUCAGAAUCAAGGCACGAAUAAUUGGAGGCUCCCCCUUAAAUUUGAGGGGGCUUUAAAAUGGUUUAUUUGUCUUGACUUAAUGAGGGCAUGCUAGAAAAUUAUUUGUUUCACAAGAUACCCUGCAGAGAAACCAGACGGACCUGUCAUUACACUGUCAGCCAUAUGUGCAUUUAGCCAUGGCUGAAGCCAAGAGACGUACCUCUUAUUUAAUAAAAUUCUAGUCUUUAUUUGGAGUAAGGUCAAUGUUGCCUUGCUUUUGGUCUUUGUUUUGCUGGCUUAAGAAGAUUGAUUGACAGUGUGCUUUUUUUUUUUUUUUUAGCUUUUUGUGUUUGCGUGUUUCUUUAUUAAACUAAGUAGGAUGUUUUGUUUUUGUCUUUUGCCUGGAUAUGUGUCGCAAACAUAUAUGGGAUUGUAUGCAUUUUUAAGUUACCGUUUGUAUUUUAAAACUUCUGAACAAUACUCUAAAAUAAAGAGAGAUCCACUGGUUUUUAUUACUCUAUGACCAGUUAAUAUUAUCUGCAGUAUAUGCUGAAGUUAAACUUAUAUAUGGAUGAGAGGAUCUGAACAUUUUUUAAUUACAUUGGGUUGUAGUCCAACAAAUUUUGGAGGAGAAUAAAAUAAGGGGAAUAAAAUCACUCCACAAGGUUUACCUUUAGCUGCAGCUUCUGUUAGUUUCUCCUAAAUUUAGAGGCAUGUUUGCUCAUCCAAACCUUACAUUAACAUGUAACUCUUGAUCAAAGAAAAUUUAAACUGAUAGUGUUAUGUUUUGUUUUUUUUACCUCAAAGGAAAGAAUAAUCUGACCCUGGAGGAGUGGAAUGGAACAGUUAACGCUUUGUGUUGGCAUGUUUUUGCAAAAUCAUGGUUGUUAAAUAGGUGGAAAUAAGCAGAGUUGCACUUGUAACUGAUCUAAA